AUGCAACAGAAAGUCGAAAUUAUCGAAGAUAUUUGGGGAAAUCGUGUUACUCCGUCUUAUGUAUCGUUUACGAUGUAUGAAACAUUAGUAGGUGAAGAAGCUAAAGAAGAAGAGACAACAAACUACGAGAAUACUCCUUGCCAACAAAUAAGUGCGAUGAUUCUGAAAAAGAUGAAAGACGAUGCUGAAACAUUCUUGGGCGAAAUCGUAACUGAUGCAGUUAUUACAGUCCCUGCUUAUUUCAAUGACGCUCAGCGAAAAGCAACUCGUGAUGCAGGGUUAAUAGCAGGCCUCAAUGUUAUUGGCAUGAUCAAUGAGCCGACUGCGGCCGCUGUGGCGUAUGGGCUGGAUAGGCAGAGCGACAAUGAACGGAAUGUUCUCAUAUUUGAGCUCGGAGAAGGCACCUUCGAUGUAACCAUCGUGAAUAUUAAAGGCCGCAAGUUUGACGUGGAGGCAACGGGAGGUGACACUCACCUGGGUGGUGAAGACUUUGUUAACAAUCUUGUGGAGUAUUUUGUUUCUGAGUUCAAAAAACAACACGGUGAAGAUAUAUCAGAAAACAAAAUAGCCUUGAAUCGUCUUCGAGUGGCGUGUGAGGCAGCAGAAAGAAAUUUGUUUUAUACAACAAUAACUAGGGUUCAAAUCGAUGCUUUGCAUGGCGGAGGCGAUUUUCGCAGCUGUAUUUCAAGAGAAGAAUUUGAAAAUCUGAACAGCAAUUUAUUCAGGAGAAUGCUUGAUACCGUGAAGAAUACUCUUUCCGAUUCCGGACUAAAAAAGGAAAAUUUUGAUGACGUUGUUCUUGUCGGAGGCUCAGCGCGAAUUCCGAAAAUUCAAGAAAUGUUGGAAGAGUAUUUUGACAACAUGAAGCUUAAAAAAAUAUCAAUCCCGACGAAGCAGUUGCUUAUGGUGCAGCCGUAUAUGCGUUUUUACUGGGUCCCGACAAAGAUCCUCCAGUGA